AUGGACUCGCGCGAACUUAUUGAUGCGCAAUUCGAUCGGGCAGUGGAGAUAGUGCAGGGCCUCCCAAAGACUGGGCCCAUACAAACAGGUUAUGAGGAGAAACUGACAAUGUACAGCUUGUACAAGCAAGCAACUGUUGGAAAUGUCAAAGGCGGUCGUCCAGGCAUGUGGGAUAUGCUAGGCCGGGCAAAGUGGGACGCAUGGGCGAAGCAUAUGGAUCUCGAUCUAUACGAAGCUAAAUGGCUUUACGUGGACGCUUUACUGAAGGUUCUAAGUAAAUACUCGGACAAGACUGUUGCCCGUGACCUCAUGAACGAACUCCAGUCUUAUGGUGGUGACCCGUCAAAUCUGGUGAUGAGCCAUUCACUUCCAAGGUCUCGGACCUCCCAGUCGUCAAGCUCCAGCGUCUCAUAUAACGAUGUUCAUCGAAUCCCCGGUCAAUUAUUUUCCUCUACCAAAUCAGAGGCUCAACAAGCUGUACAAUCAGCAGUUAUGGAGGACAGUGGCUCGAGUUCCGAAGAUGGUGAAUCGGGCGACGAAGCACGCGAACUCCCAUCCGUGCGUGAGCCUGUUCAACAGCCAAGACCACUUUCUUCCAUGUCUUCAAGAUAUCGUACUCCUGCAACCGGCUCACUUGCCAUGUCGCCACCACUUGCUGGGGUCGUAAAUGUUCCACCAAUGCAACCAAUGCCCACAUACCAGACGCAAUCCGCCUUCGUUGGUCAACCAGUACCAAUAGCAUCCUCAUCUAUAUAUCCUCCAUCAGGACACUAUUCUGGGACAUACCAGUCGCCCGAGUUUGCACCACAGAUUCAGUCAGCUCCCUCCAUCCGAGGGGGCCGGUUUUAUGGCGCUGAAGCACCUAUACGAACACCCUCACGGUUGCCCCUGGAGCAAGCCGUCGAAAACGUUCAGACGCACCUUGCCGCAAUAACAGAACGGCUCGAUAUGCUCGAGUCCCAGGUGGUGCAUCCGCAGCGAUCCACCGCUUCGCUUCCCUUGAGAAGCUCUUCCGGUAGAGGCAGUCCGACGGAUAACCGUCCUGAAGCACACGAAUGGGAUUUGGAUGAUAUGGGAAUGUGGUCGUUCGUUCUGAAGCCAUUGUCACGGGUGAUGGUGUCAUUGAAACAGCUUCUUAUAUUUUUCGGUCGGAGCGAGAAUCGGUCUCCGGUACUCACUAUCGUGCGAAGACUGUUCCUUGACAUAUCAUUCUCAUUGGCAGUUCUCGGGUUGCUGAGACUGACGUGGAAGAAGACGGCUACAAGACGGAGGGAGGUCAAUGCAGCCCUUAUAUUACUAUGGGCUGCUUUGUCUGGGAGGGACAGGGGAAGAUUGAUGAUCAGUGGUGUGUAG